ACCCUGGGUUUAGCAGGCCAGUGCUCAAACACUGAGCUAUCCCUCUCCCACAUGCUGCUGUGUGGGGAGCAUUGGAGGCUUCUGUUAACUGGAGCAUGUCCCCUUUAAAGCAUUAACACGGAGCUGGCUGGGUUGCAUUUGGGAGUGAAGGAAUCCCAGGCCAUGCUCCUGCCACAUGCCCAUUGCCCUCACUGGGGAGAGACACGUGCAAGGACUGCGGGAUCAGCCCGUAACAGGACUGGAGCUGCAGCUGAGCACAAUGGAGUUCUCGAUAUUAAAGCUGAAUCCUCCCCGCCAUUGGGCCACUGCAGCUCCCAGCAAAUUCACUGAGAAUCAAAGGAGCUCGGUACCUUUCAGGGUUGAGCCCACUGCUCCCCACAGAAAAAGGCUUGUAUCAAAUGCAGCUGCGUCGACGUUAUUCUCCACGGGGCAUCGGAAUGGCAGCCAGGCCAGCCAGAAUCCCUGUGCUGUGUUUUGAGAGGGUGACGGCGUCAGUUGCCCCAUGUCCUGAGUUCCAGGGCCAAGCUUUUACCCUCUGGUCACCUCACUUUCUGGCACCCUGCUGAUCUGACAGCUCUGUUCUUCUGUGAAAUCUUCCCAGGCCCUGGCCUUAAGUGGAUGCCAUCGGGUUGUAAAACAUAUCAAAUCAAAGCCCAUAUCAAGGUGAUGCAGGGGGCACCAUCCCUCCUCAAAACCAAGAGGAUUGUGUGGUUUUAAAAAAAAAAAAAAUCCAGCCUUUAACUCUUUCUUUACUCAGCUUGAAUUGUGGAGGCAGCUGAGUUGGCAUCGUUGUUUGGGUCUAGUCCAUUUCACUGCCCUGUUCUCCUGCACUGGCAGGAUGCUGCAGGGGCUGGGGUACACAUGUGAUGGGAGAAAAUUAUUUGUGAGGUAGGAAAUAACUACAGAGGAAAUGAUCUUAAAAAUCCUGAACCUUUCUGUGUCUCUUCGGCUCUGUAAAACCCCGAGCGAGAUCCUCAACUGGUGCAAAUGAAUGUAAUCCCCAUGACUCCCCUGGCACCUUGCUGACACGCAGCCUGAUCUCUCAGCUGGUGUGUUUUUACCCAAUUUAAACUUCAAGGAUGCUUCAGGCCCCUGUUAAAAGCAGCCCAGGGCUGGCGUAAUCAAGUGCCAGCACCCCAAAAGAGAAGGCCAGGCAAUAGGGCGACUCCCAUGUGUGGCUGUGGGGGGAAGUGACCGAUGGGCUAAUGUUGCCUCAAGCAAGUUGUCUGGUUUGUUUUGUUCCCAACUCUGUCUAGUUAAAAACGGCUAGUGAAUUGUUGAGACCAUCUGUCCUCGAUGAUUCCAAUUAAAAUGUGGCUUGUGAUUUAACUCUCUCAUCUGAAGAUCGGUGCGGUUUGGGGGGUUUCCUUUCCUCCCACCCUCGCUCACGCUUCACUUGUGGACUGGAAUUGAAAGGGCUUAAGGAAAUACUUUACAAUGUCCCUGGUUCCCCUCUGGGCCUGUAGAGAGGUGACCUGCUUCUCCUUUGCAGGGGUCUGCAAUCGAGGGUGCAAAUUCUCUGGCCCGAGGGAUGUGUUCUUCAUUGUCUUUUUAUUCUGAAUUUGGCCUGGGGGUGGCUGGCAGCACAGUGUAGCUAGGAGAAGGAGCAGCUCCUGGUCCCAGAGAGCUGGUCCUGAGAAGUGUCAGUCACCUACGACUGUUCUUUGUCGACACCUCUGAGAAUCGGGCCCUGACUCAGACACGGUAACUGUUUAAAUGCAAGGCCAUGUGGAGAGCUGGCAGCGGGCACCCGAGGGCCGCAGCGUGGCCACGUGAGGAAAGGCAGGUGGUAUUCCCUGCCCAGCACUACCCCGGUCAGCCCAGAGGAGGGGUGAGCUGUCUGCAGUGCUUCCCGCCCUCUUGUGGACUCAACUCCCCCUGCUCAGUGGGUCCUAUGCGGGACAACCCUGCUCUCCACUCAGGGGCUGGGGAAAUUCUCCCGGGGCUGCUGUAAGUUUGUUCUGCUUAAACUCCUGCCACCCGGCAAAGGUUAAUGCCUCCAAACGCCACCGGCCCUGGAUAGAACAUGACCCUGCACAAAACUUCUGCUGCUGACUGCCCUGGUAAGCAUCCCCUCUAUUUAUAGCAUGGCCUGGCUUGCUCUUCUGAAUCAACAAGGGGAGGGGUUUUCUGGUCAUGCCCAUAUUUACAAGACUGAGGGAGGUGGCAGGGGGCACUAAUCUGCUGCCUGUCUCAGAGGCAAGGAGGCUUCCCUGGCUGAGCCCCAUCCCGCGGAGCUAAGAGAAUGUCUAGGGAGACCUUUGCGUUCACUUCCUCCACCCUGCGUGCACUGCGCCUGCAGAGAGAGCGGCUGGAGUGGGAGGAUCGUCGGAGGGCUCUCUCGAGGCAAUGCCUGACCAGGAGGUUCUCACCGGCCACCAGCAGCUCCCUGCUCCCCAAACCCGCCCGGCGUCCCCGGUACUGCCGGGAUCCUGCUGUCCACAACAUCCUGUACACCGGGGACCUGCAGACCAUCAAGAACAUCUUCAAAGACGAGGCUGUCGCGAACGUGAUCGUGGAGACGGUCAGUGAGGAGCUGAUGUGGUCGGCAGAGCUGGGUCUGUGGGUCCUGAGCCCUCUGAAGAAGCACACAUCCCCCUUGCGGAUCGCGGCGGCCCGAGGCUAUCGGGACUGCGUGAAGCACCUGAUUCUGCAGGGGGCAGAGGUCGACGCCGUGGUGGGUGGGAAGGCUGCCCUCCAUGACAGCUGCAUCCACCAGCGUGCCGAGUGCACCCAGCUGCUCCUGAACUAUGGUGCCAACGCCAAUGUGCUGUCAGAGGAGGGGCUGGCCCCGCUGCAUCUCUGCACCUCCCCGGAGACCUUGCGGUGCGCCGAGCUGCUGCUGGAGCAUGGGGCCCUGGUGAACCUGAGCACUAGGGACAGGCGGACGACCCCGCUGCACGUGGCCGCCGAGCACGGCCUGGAGGCCCACCUGCAGCUCUACCUGUGCUACGGGGCUGCCCUCGCCCACCGGAACCGGGAAGGGGAGACGGCCCUCAACGCCGCCUGCGCCAGCGCUGACAAGCCGGCCGAGGCCGAGCGCUACUACAGGGUGGCCAAGCGACUGCUGGAGUGCGGGGCCGACGCCAGGACGGCCGGCAGGAAGAACCACACCCCGCUCCACAACGCCUGCGGCAACUGCCACCCCCGCCUGGUGGCACUGCUGCUCCGGCACGGGGCUGCUGUGAACGUCAGCAACUGCGCCGGCUACACGCCCAUGGACUGCGCCCUGCAGGCGGUGGAGGAGUACCUAGACGGGCAGCCUGAGAGCAUCAUCGCCACCUUACUGGACCACGGGGCGGCGGCCAUCAACCCCAAGAUGCUGAAGUUCUGCUCCUUGGCCCCCCGUGCCCUGGAAGUCGUGCUGAACUCCUACGACCGGAUCCCAUCCUGUGAUUCCUGGGUGGAAGUGGUGCCUCCGGAGAUGUGGCAGGAGCACAAGAUGUUUUACGACUCUGCUCUCCACAUGACGAACCAGCCCCGUCAGCUGCAGCACCUGGCGCGCUGCGCCGUGCGAAAGCACCUGGGAGCGCGGUGCCAUUCCACCAUCCCCAAACUCAACCUGCCCCCGGCUCUGCGGGCUUAUCUGCAGCUCCCUCUUGAGGGUUACAUCCGGUGAAAGAGAAGAUGCAUCCUUCAGGCGUGUUAUUUGGGGAAUGGCUUUGAAUUGCUGAUGGGUGACUGAGAUCCCAACAUACCAGGGCCCGUAAUACUCUGUCAGUUGAACAUGUCAAGUAGUAGCCCUGUGGGCUACUUAUCGAGUAAGUUGCUGCUCAGUGGAAGGGCAGUUGGCAGAAUCUAGCCCUUUCUGAACAUACUUUGAUAACAGGGCUCGGCUUGUGCCAGCACCAGUUUCUACCCCGCUCUACUGCAUAUAAUACGAGGACAAAGGAUGGUCAAUGAAAUUCAAAAGCAGGAUACUUAAAAGUGACACAGCAGAAUAUUCUUCCCCAGGCAGUACCUGUUUAGUCAGGGGAAAUCAUUGCCACAGGACAUCACUGAAGCCAAGAGCUGAGCAGGACUCAAAGGAAGGACUGGACAUUUAGCUAGAGAACAAGGAAAUGCUGAAUUAGAAUAGUAUAACCUUCUAAAAUACAAGAGUCUCUGUAUUUAAACCCUUUCUGCCUCAGGCCAUGAGCCAAAUGCUGACUAAUGGGGUUAGGAAGAAUGUCUCACUCUGACGGGAACAGGGAACAUUUCUUCCUCAUCCCCAGGGCAGGUUAUUCCACAGCAACCUUCUGCUGGGUUUUCUGCACCUUCCUCUGAAGCAGCUGAUACCGCCCCGUGUUGGACACGGGACGGGAUGAUCCCUGGUCUGAUUGAUGUCCCUGUGGGUUUUUCUGUUUUUAAACUCUAAGUACCAAGAACUGGGGUCAUAAACUCAAGGCUUGGGGAUGCUGGUGCCCUCCGUGGACCCAAAACGAUGCCCUGGCUACAAACAUGCCAGUAGCUGAAAAGCGCAAAACAUGAACGCCGAUCAAAUCUGCCACCACCUCUUGCAAUGCCUCUGGCUGAGGCCUGAUGCCCGCGGUGUGUCCCACUUCCAAACUGGAGUGCUCAUAAAUUCAGCAAAGAGUGUGGUGUAAAGAUCUAAAUGUAGGGUGACCAGAUAGCACCUGUGAAGAAACAGGGUGGGGGGUAAUAGGUGCCUAUAUAAGAAAGUCCCCAAAAAGAGGACUGUCCCUAUAAAAAUGGGACAUCUGGUCCUCCUAUCUAAAUGGACAGAGCCAGAGGAAGUGCCAGCCCAGAAGCCCAUCUUGUUCUGUGUCCAGGAAUGGCCAGGUCCAGCUCAUUCUGGAGGAGGGGUCAAGGAUACCCCCAGUGGCCAAUAUUGGAAUAACCUCCCUAUAGGAGAUGUUUCCUCCUGACCCCUCUGUUAGCUUAUGCCUUGAAGCAGGAGCAUUUAAAAAAAUAGCCAGCUCUCUUCAUCUGUAAAUCUCAAAGCGGUUACAAUGGCAGGUGUGCUUCAUUACCCUCUUUACACUGGGGAAACCAAGGCACAGGGCAGUGGAAGUGACUUGUCCUAGGUCACCCAGCAGGCCAGUGGUAGAGCUGAGAAUAGCUCCCUGAUCGUCAGUCCACUUCUCUAGCCACUAGACCACAUUGUAGCCCUUCCAAGGGAUUUUAAAAACAACCUUCUAAUGUAAUUCUGGAUGUUCUCAUUAUCUGGAUAGGUCCAGUCUCUUUACUUGAAUCCUGAUUAUGUAUUUUAAUCUCAUGAGCUCAAAAACUGCCUGCUGUUUGCAGUAAAAUAUUCUGUUCUGCUUCUGCACUUUACGGGCAGCCUGUGUUGUUAGUUUCCCCAUGUAAAAUAAAAAGCUACAGCAAAUAUAUUUCAAAACAA